AUCAUUGGCAAUAUACCUAUAAACACAGGGGCUAUAUCUCCUUUUAAACCCCGUAUCUCUGGAGACCCCGCCGGGGGGCUUUUACUGAUGUCCGGCUCCUGGCCACCUGCCCGGCGACACCUGGUAAACGAUACUGCCUCUUUGCGCAUGCGUAAUGACCCGCCAAAAAUCCCAACGCCGUCUCGCCUGACAACCAAUGGUCUUCCAAUCUGUCUAGAGAUAAAGUUCGAGCUGCGUGGAGAGGACAGGAACCAAGAGGACGAUUCCAGAGCAGAAGAGCACAGAGCAACAGCUUGGAGGAGAGUUAACAAGAAAAAAAAAAAAAGGAAAAUAAACAUGCCGAGGUCCUUCCUGGUGAAGAGCAAAAGGGCCCACAGCUACCACCAGCCCCGCUACCUGGACGAUGCCUGCAGCAGCAGAGCGGACUCUGUGCCGGCUCACACGUGCGCAGAGUCCAAAUCUCACGGGGAGUUUGGGACCCAUUUGGAGCCGCAAGAAGACGUUAGGGGCGACGCGGACAGGCUGUCCCCCGGGGCCGGGCUGCGCUCUCCAGGGUCGCUGUCCUCCGGCUCCCCGCUGAGCUGCAGGGCCAGCGAGGGGGAACGAUCACCCGACUGUGAUUUCUGGCGUCCUCCGUCUCCGUCCUCCUCACCAGAUUCCGAGAAAUGCUCCAUUCCCGCAGUAGAAGAGGGUCACGUCAGCAUCCCGCUCUUCCCUUACUCCUGGCCCAGAUACUCGGGCUCCGAGCUGCGGCAUCUGGCCCAGCAGGGGCCUUAUCACCGGCCCCUCCGGGGCCACAGGGGGUCCCUGGCUCAGGCCGGCGUCUACGGCCCAGAGGACGGCAGCGGCGAGCCGCUGUACGCGCAGCGGGGCCUCGGGCCCGGAUGCCUGCAGGAUUACCCCGCCACGGCGCACCACAUCUCCAGGAUGCGGGACGCGGACGGCCUGUAUCUGGCUGUAAAGCAGCCGCCCCGCGGCGCGGAAAUCAAGGCAGAAAACGACUUCAUGCACUCCAACCUCGAGUCGUUCAAGUGCAUCAAAUGCUGCAAGGUGUUUUCGACCCCCCACGGGCUGGAGGUGCACGUGCGGCGCUCCCACAGCGGCACGCGGCCUUUUGAGUGCGGGAUCUGCGGGAAAACCUUCGGCCACGCGGUGAGCCUGGACCAGCACCGGGCCGUCCACUCUCAGGAAAGGAGCUUCAGCUGUAAAAUCUGCGGCAAAAGCUUUAAGCGUUCAUCCACGCUCUCCACGCACCUGCUCAUCCACUCGGACACGCGGCCUUAUCCGUGCCAGUACUGCGGGAAGAGGUUCCACCAGAAGUCCGACAUGAAAAAGCACACUUUUAUCCACACAGGUGAGAAGCCGCACAAGUGUCAGGUGUGCGGGAAGGCCUUCAGUCAGAGCUCCAAUCUCAUCACGCACAGCCGCAAACACACGGGCUUCAAGCCGUUCGGCUGUGACCUGUGUGGGAAAGGUUUCCAGAGGAAAGUGGACCUGCGGAGGCACAAAGAGACGCAGCACGGACUGAAAUAAGCACAUUUCAAUGGUUUAACAUUGAAUCCUGCGCGCUGUGUACUGCGGCUGCGCAGAUCAUUUGGUGUGAUGUAUUGGCUUGCCUUACCUCUUAUUUAACUAGUAUGUUAUGUUUUUGUUGACCAUUUGUGUUUUUACAUAUAUGUUUAUGAAAAUGAAGUUUAUCGUUUAUUUUAAAAGGUGAAUACUUGAAAUUGCUUUUAAUAUUGUGUUUAUUUGUAAAAUAGUGGUGGAAUACAUACUGACUCAAAGAGCUGUUGUCAGUUUCAAUUAUUUCAUACAGGAUUUAAAACAGAACUGAAUUUAUUUGUUAAAUCUUUCUCGGUCCAGUGAUUUUAACUGCGCAUUGUGGAAAAAG